CUCCUCCUCCUCCUCCCCCGGCGUCGUUGGAGCUGAUCGGCUGCCUGCAAUCCAACAUGGAGUAGAGAGAGAUGGGGCUCUAGCGGGGCCACCCCUCGGUAACAACAGCGACGACGCGCUUUUUACGCACAACUGGAACCGGAGUCGUCGGUGAAAACAUGCGCCUUAGGACUUAAAAACGGAGUGUGUGCCUUGUGUGUCCGUGCGUGUGUUUGGGGAGGGGGGGGGGGAGCGAAGAGCGGAGCUGGAUUCGGCUACUAAAUUGUCUGUAUAGGCUACGUUACCUACUGGAGGCGAUGGGGUAUUAAAGUUCUGGGAAAGGGGCAUUCGCGAUCCGGAAGAAACUGUGUGUCUUCGGGGAGAAAAGAGGGGAAAAGUGAGGAAAAGAAGACGGAGGCACAGCCAGGCGAAGGCAAGCCAAAGAGCCGACACUCGCACAAAGGCGCAGGGGGGAUUUAUGCGGAAUUGGAGACAGAAUCGGAGGAUCCGCGGUGAAAGAAUGACGAGCGAAAAGUAUGCAACCGCCGUGGUACAUUACCUGAGGUGAAACGAGAAAAUGAUAGAAGAAACACACCCAAACGAUGACAGCUACAUCGUGCGUGUGAAAGCGGUGGUGAUGACGCGGGACGACUCGAGUGGGGGCUGGCUGGCCCAGGACGGAGGAGCUCUGAGCAGGGUUGGGGUUUGCCGCCUCCUGCCGCCAGAGCUGGCGUUGGUGCCGACCUCCGGCAGCUCCCAGUUCCUCAUCCGUGGUGAGCGGCUGCGGGACAAACAGGUGAUCCUGGACUGUCCUCUGAGGAAGGACCUUGUGUACACCAUAGCGACACCCACGUUUCACCAUUGGAAGGUGGAGGACAGGAAGUGUGGCCUGUCCUUCCAGAGUCCAGCUGACGCCAGAGCGUUCGACAGAGGGGUACGGAAAGCCAUCGAGGACCUGGCUGAAGGCUCCACGACCUCCUCUACAGCACUCCAGAACGAGGGCGAGCUCGGGGACGACGACGUCUUCACUAACACCACAGACAGCUCAUCCAACUCCUCCCAGAAACUGGAGAGCUCUCUGCAGCCGCUCGAGUCCUCGCCCCAUCUGCAGAGACACAAGUGCAUGCUGGGACAUCGCCACGACCUCCAUGACCCCUACCGGCUCACAGACCACUACUUCAUGGACCAGCCGUUGUCUCGGCUUCCCCGUCAUGUCACCUUCCAGGAAGACGAGGAAAUCGUCCGCAUCAACCCUCGGGAGCGCAGCUGGGAGCGAACCACCGAGCGUCACUACGGACGCCCGUCGGACCGCCCCUGGCUCACAGGCUACGAGGACUACCGCCACGCAACCGUGCGUGACAAGUUCAUCCAAAUGGAAGACUCUGAGUCGUACGUCCACUUUGCUAAGACAGAGUCGCAAAAGCACGACUACACCUACCCUCUGGCACCGGCCCUGUCGCCCUCAGACUCUGACCCCGCCCUCGGACCCUUGGUCAAUAAGGGCCACGGCGGCUCGUAUCGCCAGGGCUUCUCCUCUGUGGUCUCCACCCAGCCCCGCUCCUUCCUCCCGAGCUCCUCACCGUCCACUAAUGGCGGGAAGGGGCAGAAGGAGGAUGGGUUGGAGCGCGCUCAGUGUGAGCACUGCGGUGAGGCCUUUUACAUCACCGACAACCGGAGAGGCCGGUGCCACGAUGCGCCGGACCCCGUGCGGGGGUGCAUCCGGCGGGUCAGCUGCAUGUGGCUGGCAGACACCAUGCUCUACCACUGCAUGUCCGACCCAGAGGGGGACUACUCAGACCCUUGCUCCUGUGACGGAGGCGAGGGAAGUGGUGGAGGCAGAUUUGGCUCACGCUGGUUAGCGCUGCUCGGCUUGUCUCUGGUGGCGCCCUGCCUCUGCCUCUACCCGCCACUCCACGCUUGCCACCGGGCGGGGCUGAGGUGCGGCUGCUGCGGAGGCCGACACAAGGCCUUGAGCUGAGCCGAGGAAAACAACAAGAACCUAAACCCAACGCAAGCACAGGGAAAGGGAAGGAUGGGGAAAUAAAGGGGACAAAGUGGCUGCUCACUCUCUUGCCUUGGUUUCUCUGGGAUUCUCUACAAAUUCCAGACACUGAAAUAAGCCAAAAAAAAAAAACAGUUGGUGCAUUUUCUGAACGGCCUGGGAAGAUAAGCUCCCCCUUACGGCAGACAGUUCUCUCCGCUCUCCACGUGGCCAUUUCAUGCUCUGUUUCUAGUGAGAGAGCACUGUUUUUCAGGGGGCCUUUUUUUUUUAUAGCUGACCUAUAUGUCAUGUAUCACAUAUGCAGGUACUUUAUACUUUGUACACUGACUCGGCGUCAAAGAACUUGAAUUGUUUCUUUGUUCUUUUUUUUGUCUCUCCUUUUGAUGUAAGCGUGGCCAUUUUGUUUAUAUUCUAUUCCAAUAUCAGGCCCGCUCAGCUCAACUCCAGCUACAAGAGAAAUCAGACACUACACCUCUUUGCGCGUGUGUGUGUGUGUAUGUAUGUAUGUGUGUGUGUGUGUGUGUGUGUGUGUGUGGAUGGUAUAUGUGCAUGCUUACAAUGUGCACCGAGGCCUUUUGUUGUCUGUACUGCAGCUUAAAGUAAAGCUUGUGUAUAUAGUCGACAUAGCGCUCCACCAUCGACAUCUUCUUUGUUCGCUGAAACAAACGUGGUACUCAUCUUAAUCUUCUAAUAUCCCAAAGAUUCGUGUUUUUAUCAUAUUUAUUUUCUCACUGAAUUGAUCUACCAGCAAAAGGGGUGCUGUGUUGUGAUUCGCUCACUGAAUGAGACGGCGCUCCAAGUCUACGAUACAUUCGUCUCCCUGCUCCUUUCACGUUAUUUCAAACAGUGCCUGAACUAUCACCUAAACCAGGAACCCGUCCAGUUUUAUAAUUCCAGUCAAUUUGUUUGGCUUAUUUUACACACACACACACACACACACAUACAGAGCGGUGUGAGAUUCUAAGGCUCUGAUUUCCUCAUCCUCCGCAGAACUUCAGGCCCGUUAUGCCUUAAAACGUGGAGUCCGGCUCCAAGCGUAGACCCCCCCCCCCAUCCCUCUGAAGAUGUCUGCUAUAAUAAAAAAGCGUGAGCGCGGUUUACGGCUCGAAGCAAUCAGCCUCACCACAAACUCUUUUUUAACUUGGUUUGAACUAUUUUUGUAAUGAAAAGGAACUCUUCACAAGGUUCUGACGAUGGAUUCCAGUUUGCUCGCGAUGUACAAUCAGCCGCCCCUCUUUAAACCCGUCCUCCACUGAAGCCCACCGGUCACAACGCAGCAAAGUCCUCACUUCUUAGCCAUUACAUCCCCCCGGUUAUAAAUUGUUCAAAUGAGAUAUGACGUGUUAAGUGCGUCACGUUAUCCUGGUCUUUAUGCUAAGCUAAGCUAAUCAGCUGCUUGGCUGUACUCUCAGUACAAGAGCUUUAAAGUGUUCUUUGCAAAAUGUCAAACUAUUCCUUUGAGGCCUUUUUUAAAUAUAAAUGUUAGAUUAAUAUGAGACAAACUGUUUCAUGUGACUGGUGGGCCUACAGCGAUAUUUUUGUUUUCCCCUCCAUGCCAGAUUUGGUACAUCAUCAUGCCCACAAAAAAUAACGUCAGAUGUUCAUCAACAGCUUGACUGAAUCAAGAAAGAAACCAUCUGUUCAUUCAGGGUUAUACUGGGUGUGUCCAUGUGCAAACUCAGGCAUUAGAGGAAAACAAAAACGCUUGUCCUACUUGCCUGUGUCACCUGCAGCCUGAGUGACACUGCAGCCGGCCAAUCGCGGCCUUCACACUUGACAGCACAACACUAAACUGACAAGCGCUCGGGAGCUUUAUGCUUCGUCUAAGCCCGGUCGAUGGCGGCGUUAGGGGAUGUGACCGGGAACAUGAUACGCUUUGAAGAUACAGGACAUCAGUCGGGUCCCAUCGGGAAAAGAACGGGAGUCCGAAAAACAGCUGAAAUGCUGGAAACAAACAUCCACCCCUGAUUGUUUUGCCAAGGAAAUGUCACUUACUGUAAUUGAAAUACAGAAUCCCUGAGGAUGUCCUUUUCCCUUCCCUGGUUGUGUCUGUUUCAUACAUCCUGUCGUGUGUGUGUGUGUGUGUGUGUGUGUGUGUGUGUGUGUGUGUGUGUGUGUGUGUGUGUGUGUGUGUGACAUCCCUUUCCCCUCUCCUGCUCCUUGAUCCAAAGUUACUGGGAUCAGCUGAAUAUGCGGUCACAUACUAACAUCUCUGCAGUAUAAUCAGAUCCUUCGAUGAUGUGAUGUAUCAGGGACGGGACCAAUCAGAUUGGAAAGUGUGUGUGUGUGUGUGUGUCAGCGUUUAAUCUUUUUUCUCCGUCUUGUCUGGUGUUUGAGUGUGUUCUCACAUGUCAGAGCCAUUUACAAGUGCCUGAACGCAUCCUCUUUAUCUCCUUGUAUUUAAAUUGAAAAAUAAAAAAAACGACUCCCUGUAUUGAAUUAGACCCAUUUUUUUACGCUUAGUAUUUUUACCUCUGUAAAAAAAAAAAGAGCAAAAAUUAUAUUAUAUAUAUAUCAAGUGUAUGUUGUACAUUUUUAUUUCUAUUUGUUUUUUUUUUUAAAUAACUGUUUCUAACAUGUACGAUGGAUGUAGCUCUUGCUUUCGAGAAGGAACAGGAAGUACUUUGUAGAUACUGAAGGGUGGCCAGGUCUGUGAGAAAACUAAAGUGAAACGUGUGUCUUACCUUCCGCCUCCAAUAAAAUGAGAGAAAACAGUGAAA